AUGAGGAGGCCAUUGAGGACUACAACAGGGCCAUUGAGCUGGACCCAAACUAUGCUGUUGCAUUCUGCAACCGUGGCAUCGCCAAAGGCAAGUUGGGCAGGUACGAGGAGGCCAUUGAGGACUGCAACAGGGCCAUUGAGCUGGAUCCAAACUUUGCCUCUGCAUUCUGCAACCGUGGCAACUCCAAAAACAAUCUUGGCAGGUAUGAAGAGGCCAUUGAGGACUACAACAGGGGCCAUUGAGCUGGAUCCAAACUUUGCCAGCGCAUUUCGCAACCGGGGCAACUCCAAGCACAGUGUUGGCAAAUACGAGGAGGCCAUUGAGGACCACAACAAGGCCAUUGAGCUGAAGGCAAAUGAUGCCAUCGCAUUCCGCGAGCGUGGCAACUCCAAACACAAUCUUGGCAGGUAUGAGGAGGCCAUUGAGGACUUCAACAGGGCCAUUGAGCUGGAUCCAAACUACGCUAUGUCUUUUUGCAUGCGUGGGAGUUCGGUGCGAUUGCUGGGCAACCAUGAGGCUGCCAUCAGAGACCUUGACAAGGCCCUUGAGCUGGAACCAGAGAAUGCCCUUUUCUUUCGAAGCCGCGGUGAUUGCAAGCAGGCCAUUGGCAAGCACGAAGCUGCGAUCGAGGACUACAACUUGGCGAUUGAGCUGAAUCGCGACGAUGUCAUAGCAGUUGCUAAUCGCAGCUUUUCGGAGUGCGCUCAAAGGAAACUCGACAAGCCGCCGAUAGAUGUGGAACUCGUGUGGCUGGUGGAGAAGCUGAAACAAUUGCAGAAGGAAGUGAAUCAGCCCAUCGAUUGCUUGCUCAAGCAGGUGAUGGAACAGACAUCGGAUUUUGUGAACUCUCACCCAAACAUGCAGUUGCUGCCCUCGCAGUUGGACCCGACAUUUGAAUGCGAUGGAACCAGUGGCUCCUUCUCCGUUUGCUCGUUAGGCUCAUGGAUUGAUGUGGGUUCUCAAGGGUGCUGCUGCUUCCUCCCUGACACCUAUUUCACCGUUUUGAUGGAGGAUGGGGAGGUUCUUACGCCUGCCCGACGGCUAUUCCAGGGUGCCAACGUCGUUGCAGCCAAUGGACGAACGACCGAGGUGACUUUUCCGCCGGAGCAACACCAGGUCCAUGCGGUGAUCGAGCUGCAGGCAGGUGAUGCUUUUCUGGUGGUCAGUCCAGACCAUCGAAUCCUGGUGCCUGGAAACGUGACGGUCCAGGCACAAGACUUGCAUGUAGGGAGCGAAGUGAUUCUGGAUGGCAACCUAGCCGCCCUCACAUCCUUGAAGUGGAAGGUCGAGCCAACCAUUGUGCUGAAGAUAGGAAUCUUUGACAAGGAACAGAGGGCCUUAAACAGCAGAGAGGCCGUGAGGUGCUACAGCGAGGCCCUGGAGUUGUCUUCCGAGCUCGGGCCGAGCAUUUGGUGCAACCGCGCGUUGGCCUAUCUGCAGAUUGAGGAGUGGCAGGCGGCUGACGCCGAUACUUCAGCAGUGCUGGCCAGCGAGGUCGAGGAGAAGCUUCGGGUGAAGGCCCUCUACCGCCGCGCGCUGGCGCGGGAGGCGCUGGGCCGUUUCGAGGAAGCCGAGGUGGAUGCCAACCUGGCGCUGAAGGCAGCGCCCGGCAACGUCGGCAUCCGUGCCGCGGCGGAGCGCCUGCGCCAGAGACGUGCCCCGGUGGCGCGUGGCUGGGUUGCGCGGCAGCCCUACCACACGGCGGCGGUGAAGAGCCUGGCGAUGGCCAUUGAAGGCAGCCGGUCCAGCGCGGACCUCGUGCGCUUUCCCAACGGCAUGGCGGUGCAGUUCCACCAGCACAAUGGUGGAUUGGUAGCCAUCCGUCAACUUGCCAGGGAGUCUCCCACCACUGACUUGGCAGAUGGUCUUCAUGCUGAGUAUGAUGUGGGUGGCAACUUAGUGAAGAUCUUUUCCAAGUUUGCUCAGGACUUCACUGGGCCAUACAUCACCUUCAACGCUGAUGCCUCUAUUUGCUUAGGAGAGACCUACUGCUACCAGGCCUGGUCGGAUGGGCUGCGCACAGUCCGACAUCCCAGAGGCCUUCAUCGGAGAUGCGCUGCGAACGUUGAUCAUUCCAGUCAAGAAGGCCAUUGA